CGGGCGACGACCGCUUCCUCUUCAGGUACUUCCACGCCGGCAUCUGGUACUCGUGCGAGGAGAACAUCAACACGCCCGGUGAGAAAUGCCGAAGUUUCAUUGACCUUGCUCCAGCUUCCGAGAAAGGAGUCUUGUGGCUGUCGGUGGUGUCAGAAGUGCUCUACAUCGCUUUGCUGGUCAUCGGUUUCAGCCUCAUGUGCCUUGAGCUCAUCCACUCCAACAACGUGAUAGACGGGCUCAAACUCAACGCUUUCGCGGCCGUCUUCACGGUGCUCUCAGGGCUGUUGGGAAUGGUGGCUCACAUGAUGUACACCCAGGUGUUCCAGGUGACGGUCAGCCUCGGCCCGGAAGACUGGAGGCCACACUCGUGGGACUACGGCUGGUCCUUCUGCCUGGCCUGGGGCUCCUUCACCUGCUGCAUGGCUGCCUCCGUCACCACCUUGAACUCCUACACCAAGACGGUCAUUGAGUUCCGCCACAAGCGCAAAGUCUUUGAGCAGGGCUUCCCCGAAGAGGCCGCCUACACGGACCACGAGCCCAUCACCUACUUCCACGGAAGGGCUGCACAACACUCAGCUGUGAAGCCGCAGACAAACGCCAGGAGCCACGAUGGGCAGAGGAGCGUCUCACAGGCCCCGUCCAGCUCUUCCACCAGCACCGCCAACUCUUCCUCGCUUUCGUCGCCCAGCAGCCGCCUCGCCUCCCCUGAAGCCAGGCAUCUGGAUGCGGCCCCAGCCGCUGCCCGAGGGACUGCUGAGCACGGCCGCCUGAAUCCAAGUGCGCAGGCGGGGGUGUCAGCAGCAGGACCUGGGCCCCAGGCCCCUUGCCCCCCCUCAAGGCCGGCGUCCCACCCAGCCCCCCCGAGGCCCAACCUGGUGCCAGAGAACAUGAUGCGCAGAGCCCUGCUGCCUCGCCAUGGCAAUCCUCCUGUGAGCCGAGAGCUCCUGGCUGCAGCAUCAGGAAACCAGCUGGCAAGGCAGAUGCGUGCCCAGCCCCUUGGGCAUGUGAAGCUGGCAGAAGAGGACGCGAGAGCAGCUCAGGAAGAGGAGGACUUGAAGAGAGGCCUGGUGACCCGUCAGGAGCUGCUGGCGGUGGAGCAAGAGCUGCAGGAGGUCCGGGAAGAGCUGAAGUGCCUCCGGUGGAAAGUCCGGCACAUCGGGGAGACGGUGCAGCCGCUGGCCGAGGAGAGCAAGCGCUACAACGGCUACACCCUGACGGAGCUGAAGGCCCUGGUGCAGUCCGAAAAGGACCCCUGCAAAGCCGCCCACAAGAUCCUGGCUCUGCUCUUCAGCGACGUCUACCUGCUGCAGCACUUGGCGGCGGCCGACCAGGCCUGCAACUCCAGGACCCUCCCCAGACCCAAAAUGGACCCGGAGCUCUACACGGUCUACUGCGACAUCCUGCAGAGCAUCUUCCCUGGGAUGAGCAGCCAGGCCCUGCGCGAGAGGACGCAGCCGGGCGUGUAGGAAGGCCAAAGGGCGCCCAGCCAA